AUGCCUUCAAUCAGCGAGGAUGUCCAGGCCGUAGAGCUAUGGCGUCCGUCCGCGCCUGAGAAAACUGAGAUGUUCAAAUUCAAGAAUUAUAUUGCGCAGAAAUACAAUCUGAAGCUGGAAAACUAUGAUGACCUCUGGCAAUGGAGUAUCUCACACCCUGCUGAUUUCUGGGAAGAAGUUUGGCACCAUACAGGUGUCAUAGCACAUACGCCCUAUUCCAAGGUUUUAGAAUCCGACUCCUUACUCUUUCCUAGGCCGCAUUUCUUCGAGGGAAGCCGUCUAAAUUUCGCCGAGAACCUUUUGUUCCCACAGAACUGCCCCGGCGACGAAGCAAUUGCUAUCAUUGGCGCUACAGAGGCAGAUCGAGAGUUUGUAUCAUGGAAAGAAUUGAGAGAACGGGUUAGAGUAUGUUCCAAUGCAAUGCGACAAAGAGGUAUAACAGUGGGAGACCGCAUUGGCGGUUUUGUUGGCAAUCACGUCGAUGCUGUGGUGAUUAUGCUGGCCACAGCCUCCAUUGGAGCCCUUUGGACAUCGAUCUCCCCGGAUACCGGUGUUCAUGCGGUCGUCGAACGUCUCCGCCAGGUACAGCCGAGAAUAUUGUUUGCAGACAAUGCCUCUCUUUACAAUGGGAAGGUUCACGGGACUGAGUCAAAAGUCGCAGAAAUCGUGAGAGAAUUACCGUGCCUGGAACAUGUCGUGAUUCUAGAAGCCAUAGCAUCGGCCGAGCUUAAUCUUGACAACGUGAAGCCCCAGAGUGGGAUAGUUGCUUGGUUCAAUGACUUUGUUCAUGAAGCGCGGAAUUCUACGACACCUCUAAAGUUCGAGUCCUUGGACGCAGACCAUCCAGUAUUCAUACUCUAUUCUUCGGGGACAACAGGUGCCCCUAAACCAAUAGUUCACGGCGCAAUUGGUACGCUUUUACAGCAUAAAAAAGAACACGUACUACACGGAGACAUCAAGCCCAGCGAUCGCCUGUUCUAUUAUACCACAACCACCUGGAUGAUGUGGCACUGGCUUGUAUCUGCACUUGCAAGUGGUGCUACUAUCGUCGUUUACGAUGGAAGUCCAUUCAGACCCUUCGACAUUGAGGGUGGUAAGGGAGAGAUGGCGAUGGCUCGGCUGAUUGAGGAGCUGGAAAUCACACAUUUCGGAACCUCUGCAAAAUAUUUAUCAAUGAUUGAGCAGGCUUCUCUAAACCCUCGCAAACAUCCUAACCGGCCUGUUCAACUAGAAAAGUUGAGGGCGAUAUUCAGUACAGCGGCACCCUUAGCACCUUCGACGUUCGAAUACAUAUAUUCAUCAUUCCACCCGAAUGUCAUGCUCGGGUCUAUUACUGGAGGCACGGAUAUCAUUUCUCUAUUUGGUGCAUCAUGUCCGAUAUUGCCAGUAUACAGAGGCGAGAUCCAGUCUCGAGGACUGGGAAUGGCUGUAGCCGCUUAUGACUACGCUGGAAACGAUAUCACGCAAUCAAACGAGCCCGGUGACUUGGUUUGUACCGUGCCAUUUCCAGCCCAGCCAGUCAUGUUCUGGCCACCUGGUCCCGAGGGAGAAGCUAAAUACAGGAAAAGCUAUUUCGAUGUCUUUGGACCUUCUGUAUGGCACCAUGGUGACUUUAUUCGGAUCAACCCUGAUACAGGCGGAUUGACAAUGCUGGGCCGAAGCGACGGCGUUCUAAAACCAGCUGGAGUCCGCUUUGGAAGUGCUGAAAUAUAUAAUGUGCUUUUGAAACACUUUUCUCAAGAGAUUGAGGAUUCCCUCUGCAUUGGACGCCGGCGUGAGGGUAUUGAUACGGACGAGACUGUUGUUCUGUUUGUGAAGCUCGUCCCAGAAGCUGUACAAGGUGGUAUCCCACCAAUGUCCCAAGAUCUAACCGCUAGGAUUCAAGCUGCUAUCCGCAAGGAACUCAGUGCACGUCAUGUACCGGGCAUUAUCGACGUGUGCCCUGGCAAUGAGAUUCCGUUGACGUCUAAUGGCAAGAAGGUUGAGAAUGCAGUGAAACAGAUACUGUGUGGAUUAAAUAUCAAGACGUCCGCCAGUGUAGCUAAUGCGGGUUGUUUAGACGGGUAUAGAAAAUGGGCUGCAGAGAAUUAG